AUGGCUGAGGAAGAAAUCUGUGGAUUUUUAGAUGUCAAGUUCUGUGGUAGUAAAUCUAAAGUUCAUAAGGUUAAAAAGAGAACAUUGGGUACUUGGAAGGUUUGGAAAAGACAUUGGUGUUCUUUUCAAAAACUAGGUUCUGAACUAGGUGUCAGAGUACACCUUGAUUAUUGUAUUGGAAAUGAUAGCAUUUCUUCAUCAAAUGAUAAAGAAAAUUUCAUAAUAAUACCAUUGGAUACCAAUAUUUGUCGUACUCAAUCUAGAUCCAAACAAUUUGCUUUUGGUAUAUUUCCUAUCAAAGAAAGAAAACCAUUGAUCUACCUAGCUGGUAACUCAGAGACAGAGUCACAACGAUGGAUGGCAAACAUUAGACAAUUAUUAAGACCUAGAAAACUUAAAUUUGCACCAGGAUCUUAUAAUAUAUCUAUGGUUGAUAAUACGCAUUCAAGGGCAUCAGGACUAAUAGGACUCUAUGGUGAUUUAAUAACUAAUACAUUAGGAGUCAUCAUAAAAGAUAUUCAUUCUGGUGAUAUAAUAGAAAUUUUUGAAUGGAAAGAACUACAUCAGUUUCAUUUGGUUACAGCAGGACGACCAGAAGAUGUUAAAUGUAUCUGUGUAAUUCAUACAACAAAGAAAUUCCGUGCUGGAAUUGGUGAGCUACAUUUAUUUUGUUCAGAAGCUACUAAAUUGUUACAAGAUUUAGUAACUCAGGGCCAUGGUCCAAGACACAAACAAACCAAUGGAAGACCUUUGAGUUUAAGUGAAGGUGAUAUUAGAGCAAUAUCUCGUGAUGAACUGUCACGAAGUUAUUCAAUAAUAAAUGAAAGAAUGGAAUUGAAAAUGCUAAGUAAAAGGAGAGAAAGUAAUGAAAAAUAUGAAGAAAUAAGUUGUAAAAUGCCUAAUAAAAUGACAGAGGAUGUUUAUCAACCAGAGCCAUAUAGUCAUCAUGUCAGAAGGUAUUCUAAUAUAUCUACAACUUCUGGGAUUUAUGAAGAAAUUCCAGAUGAAACAAAUAGGAAUACAGCAGCUGUCUCAAGUUUCUACAUGGAGCAUCUUUUUUGUAAUCUACAAUCAGAAGAACCACCACCUUUGCCUCCACGACAAAGGUGUGCUUCAGAGUCCAUGAAAGGAAGCAGGUUCCAAGAUGUUCGCAUUUCUGGACCUAGUAGUUUACCUUUAACAUCUCAUAGAAACUCUGUACAGAUUGAAAGAAAUAAUUUAGAAUUCCAAAGAAUAAUGGACGAGUCUAAUUAUGUUCCUAUGUUACCUCAGUUGAAAGAUAUCACAUUAUUAGAAAUGCAAGCAGCUCUACAAGAAAAUGAUUACGUUAUUAUGCGAUAA